AUGGGCAAGGAUGGACGAGUACGUCCAGUUGCAAUGCAUCAGCGUCGAAUAAAUGCUACACAAUGGUUGCCAUCACCACCAUCAUCAGUAGGACGAUCGGCUACCAC